AUGGCUUUGCCCGGCGCCGAGGGCGCGGCCGACGCGCCAGUGUCCGCGGCCGCGGCCCCCGGCGGCUCCGCGUCCUCGUCGUCCACCUCCUCCGGCGGCUCGGCCUCGGCCGCGGCGGGCGCGGGGCUGUGGGCCGCGCUCUACGACUACGAGGCGCGCGGCGAGGACGAGCUGAGCCUGCGGCGCGGCCAGCUGGUGGAGGUGCUGUCGCAGGACGCCGCCGUGUCGGGCGACGAGGGCUGGUGGGCCGGCCAGGUGCAGCGGCGCCUCGGCAUCUUCCCCGCCAACUACGUGGCUCCCUGCCGCCCGGCUGCCCGCCCCGCGCCGCCGCCGCGCCGCCCGUCCGCCGGCCCCGGCUCGCCGGUGCACGUCGACUUCGAGCUGCUGGAGCUCAAGGAGCUCAUCGGCGCCGGCGGCUUCGGACAGGUGUACCGCGCCACCUGGCAGGGCCAGGAGGUGGCGGUGAAGGCGGCGCGCCGGGACCCCGAGCAGGACGCGGCGGCGGCGGCCGAGAGCGUGCGGCGGGAGGCGAGGCUCUUCGCCAUGCUGCGGCACCCCAACAUCAUCGAGCUGCGCGGCGUGUGCCUGCGGCAGCCGCACCUCUGCCUGGUGCUGGAGUUCGCCCGCGGCGGAGCGCUCAACCGCGCGCUGGCCGCCGCCAACGCCGCCCCCGACCCGCGCGCAACCGGCCCGCGCCGCGCGCGCCGCAUCCCCCCGCACGUGCUGGUCAACUGGGCAGUGCAGAUCGCGCGGGGCAUGCUCUACCUGCACGAGGAGGCCUUCGUGCCCAUCCUGCACCGGGACCUCAAGUCCAGCAACAUUUUGCUGCUGGAGAAGAUAGAGUAUGAUGACGUCUGCAACAAAACCUUGAAGAUUACAGAUUUUGGGUUAGCGAGGGAAUGGCACAGGACCACCAAAAUGAGCGCGGCGGGCACCUACGCCUGGAUGGCCCCCGAAGUCAUCAAGUCUUCCUUGUUUUCUAAGGGAAGCGACAUUUGGAGCUAUGGAGUGCUGCUGUGGGAGCUGCUCACGGGAGAAGUCCCCUAUCGGGGCAUCGAUGGCCUUGCAGUGGCUUACGGGGUGGCAGUCAAUAAGCUCACUUUGCCAAUUCCAUCCACCUGCCCUGAGCCGUUCGCCAAGCUCAUGAAAGAAUGCUGGGAACAAGACCCUCACAUUCGUCCAUCAUUUGCCUUAAUUCUUGAGCAGCUGACAGCUAUUGAAGGGGCAGUGAUGACGGAAAUGCCUCAAGAGUCUUUUCAUUCCAUGCAGGAUGACUGGAAGCUGGAAAUUCAACAAAUGUUUGAUGAGUUAAGAACAAAGGAAAAGGAGCUGCGGUCCCGGGAAGAGGAGCUGACUCGAGCAGCUCUGCAGCAGAAGUCCCAGGAAGAAUUGCUGAAGCGGCGCGAACAGCAGCUCGCAGAGCGGGAGAUCGACGUGCUGGAGCGGGAACUUAACAUUUUGAUAUUCCAGUUAAACCAGGAGAAGCCCAAGGUGAAGAAGAGGAAAGGGAAGUUUAAGAGAAGCCGUUUGAAGCUCAAAGAUGGACAUCGAAUCAGUUUACCUUCAGAUUUCCAGCACAAGAUAACCGUGCAGGCCUCUCCCAACCUGGACAAACGGCGGAGUCUGAACAGCAGCAGUUCCAGCCCGCCCAGCAGCCCCACUGUGAUACCCCGGCUCCGAGCUAUACAGUUGACUUCAGAUGAAAGCAAUAAAACUUGGGGCAGGAACGCAGUCUUUCGGCAAGAAGAAUUUGAAGACGUAAAAAGAAAUUUCAAGAAAAAAGGUUGUACCUGGGGACCAAAUUCGAUUCAAGUGAAAGAAAGAAUGGAUUGCAAAGAAAGGAUAAGACCUCUCUCAGAUGGCAACAGUCCUUGGUCAACUCUCUUAAUAAAAAAUCAGAAAACCAUGCCCUUGGCUUCAUUAUUUGUAGACCAGCCAGGGGCUUGCGAGGAGCCUAAACUUUCCCCGGAGGAAUUAGAACACAGAAAACCAAAGCAAAUAAAAUCGCCUACUCCAGCCUACAUUGAUCUACCUCUGUGGAAAGAUGGUCCGAGAGAGAAUCCUGUGGAAGCUGAAAGCUGGGAGGAGGGAACCUCUGCAAACUCUGCCGCGGGGUCUCCUCAGGUGACUCCUACAAACAGCCUGGGUCGACCCCCCCAGAGAAAGAAGACGGAGUCUGCGCUGUACAGGUGCACCGUGCUGCUGGCGUCGGUGGCUCUGGGGCUGGACAUCAGAGAGCUUAACAGGGCACAGGCUGCCGAAGAACCGAUGCCCAAGGACGAAAAGAAAAAACGAGAAGGAAUCUUCCAGCGGGCUUCCAAGUCACGCAGAAGCACCAGUCCCCCCACGAGGCUGCCGUCCACGGGCGGGGAGGCUGGCAGCCUGCCCUCCCCCACGCAGCCUGGUGCCAUGAGCCUUCUGUCCAUGCCUUCUCUCUCCACAAAGUGCCUGCUAGAGACGGAGGGUGACGACAUGUCCAUGGGCAACACACCUGUCACUGAUGACCCCGAGAUGUCUACUCCCGAUUUCCGUCCUGCCGUUCCAGGGAGUGGUCGCGAGCCAGCCCCCAUGCCAACGCUUGAGACUGGCCAUGGUGUAUCCAAACACCUGUCUCCUUCCUUCCUGGAGCAGACACCUGGGAAUGUGCCUUACUGUGCUUCUUCGAAAGACAGAGCAUCACACCACAGACGGACCAUGUCUGAUGGAAGCCAGACGCCAGCUGGUGCAGCUAUGAUCUCAGCCACUGGAGCCUCUGAACUGCCACUCCACUGCUCCUCCGGUUCUCACAGUAACCAGCCAGGUGAGAAGCACAGAGCUGUCGGCAUCCUGCCUCGGCCUCGCCCCGCCUCCCUGAGAAGCCGACUGGAUGGGCCACAGGUGCCCCCAGAGCGAGCAGAGUCUCAGCUUGCACAGGCCGCCUGCGCAGUGGCUCGUCCAAGCCCUACCCAUGUCCUCGGUGCCAAGGGAAGAACUAAAUUCCAUGUGCCUUCGUUACUGGACGCUGACGUUGAGGGUCAGAGCAGGGACUACACUGUGCCUCUGUGCAGAAUGAAGACCAAAACCAGCCGACCGUCAAUAUAUGAACUGGAGAAAGAAUUUCUGUCUUAAAUAAAGUGCCUUAUUAUUGUUUAAGCAUUUCUUGUUUUUUUGUUUGUUUGUUUUUUAAGGUGAACAAAUGAACACAAUAUAUCUACCUUUGAAUUAUUUCAUGCUGCUGUGUUUUCAAAUCUGUGGCCAUGUCACUAAAUUAGUCAUGGAUACCACCUUCUCCAAAAAAUGUAUACGAUUGCUAUUAGCCAGUUAUAUUGCAUUUUUCUAUUGGACUCUUAUCUAGUAACUUGAAAUACACAGAAAUGUAAAACAAGAAAUGUGUACCCAUGAAAACUAUGCUGGGUAGAAUUGUCGUAAGCACAAUUAUAAUACUUUGUUCUCAUUUAUAUUCUUAUCUGUUAGUACAGAACAGAAAUUGUAAUGAGGCUCACUGUUUUUCUUUCAUUCCUUCACUCUUUUCUUCCUUUCCUUUUUUUGUCUUUCUUUCUUUCUUUUUUUAUUUGUUCAACAAAAAGCCAAGGAAGAACUAUUAGUUCUUGGCAAGAAUAAUGUGAUAUUCCUAGGUAAAGAUGUAUAUUUUUUAAGAAGUCUGAUGACUGGAAUAGAUAGAGAAUCCUAUUUAAACUACCUAACCUCAGCCGUAGGCUUAUGAUCCAUAAAUAUGUCCAACUCUCACCUAAAUUAUGCAAUGAUAUUUCUCUCUGAGGAAAUUUUAUUGAAUGUAACUUAUAAAAGUUUUAUUGAAUGUAACUUAUAAACAUUUUAUCCAUUAGAACUCCAAAACACAUUUUAGAAGAUAUUGGCCUUUGGUUGAGACCAUAUUGUAUGUCCAUGAGCAAGGCUAAUCUUUAGUUUUUUCCUGUAGAAAGGGUUCUUCUGUCAUCAGUAGCCAUUUAUUUGGUAUUUAGAAGUGGAAAGCUUUUUCACUUUCUGGUAGAAAUUUUAAAAAUUAAAUUACACAUGCCUAACUGUUCACAAAGAUCAUGUGUUGUAAGUAGACAUGUGUUUUAAUUUUAUUUUUCUCUAUUUGAAUGCAUAUUCUAAUAAAAUCCAGAAUACACUCAAAUGCUGCCAACUCAAGAAACAGCAGGACAAUACUGUUAGCAUUUAAGUAUUUUGUCUUUAUUUCACAUUUCAUUUAACUGUGGACAAAUGUUAGACAUCUGUUGAGAUACAGUGAUACAGUGGCAGUGACAGCUGUUUGAUGGAUGACUUUCAGAAGUGGGUUCAUAAAAAUGGUCUUCAAAUAGCAGACCCAGGUUUUAAAUGAUUCAAAAUUAUUUAUGAAUCACUUUUAUAAUCACGUACAUAUGAUACAAACAGACUACUGAAUUACUGCUACAGAAAUGGCUAGCCAGGCGCUUGGUAAAUUUGCCUGGGUUUCUUCUGCUAAAUGUAUUAUGCUUCCCUUCUGUCUCUAGAAUAUGGUUAUUAAGAAGACAGACAAUACAUAUUUAAGUUUUUCCAUACAAUGAAAAACCAAAUUAAAAACAUGAUAUUUUAUUUAAGAUUAUACCUUGGUUAAAGUUUACUGAAUAACUGAAAUGUCAGCAAUUUAGAAUAAAUUAUAUCAAGUGUGAAUGAAAUAUCUAACCUAUAUAAUAGAAAAAAAAAAUAGGAAAGUCAUAUUAUUUGGCCAUUGUGGAACAUCUCAGUCACCUAGCCCAACAGAUGACAAGCAGUGUGAAAGGAUUAUAUUAACAGUGCUUUUUUUCCCCCCCGAGGUAAACAAUCGUGCCUUCCAGAUUCUUGUAGCAGAAUCUCAGGUACUUAUUUCGUCUUGUUGCCUUAUUGUCCAUUUUGUAAUUCAGUUUCACUUUUGAGUGGUUAUUGAGUUAUGUAAUAGGAAUUUGGUCUCCUCAAAAUUUUAUUCCAUUUGAAACUAUGGUUAGCUGGCUCGUAUUCCAUCAUUUGGGAGCUAAGAAUAAAGAUAAUCCACACCUAAAAUUAUCGAUACGUGAAAGAAAAAGGAUAGAAACGAUGUCCUCAGUUUUGCUCCUACCAAAACAUCCCUUGUGUGUGCGUGCUUGUGUGGAUGUGUGCGUGUGUGUGUGUGGCGUGGGUGUCCAUCUCUCUUAUCUCUGUAUAUCCUCUUCUGUCCCCUUCAGCUUCCUUUUAGUCAACUCUACAUCGUGAUGAAUUUAGAAAUGAAGCUGUAUUAAAAAGAUAAUUGCAAUAUAAGAAUUCAGUUUCACCUGUUACUGCACAUAGUUAUUUUCUGCUGUGAUCUAUUGUACAUUUGCGAUUUUCUGUGUUAGUAAACUUAGCAGAAUCUGGUUAUUUAUUUUUGUAUAGGCUCAAUAGCUCACUAAAAGGUAAAUUAAGCUGAUUACUGUUAGUUGACAAUUAAGGUGCUCCCACUGCAGAGAUUAAGGCGUGGACCUGAUAUGCUGUAUUAUGAGGCCUUGUGAUUGUAAAAGAUGUUUACAUAUGUUGUCUAUUUUUUUAAUAAACUUUUUUUUAUAGCUGGUCCAUUUGCUCAAUGGCUUUGAUAUACUCCUAACGAUUGUGACUAUAGUUUGCAAUGGUUUAUUUUGUACUGAAUAAGGAAAAACAUGUCAAUAAAGAUUAUUAAUGCUUAA